UUAGCGGAGUCGAGUCAGUAGUAGCAGUAGCAACGCUGAACACGGUCGGUAAUACGGUGUGUAUACACAGACGUCGAGACUGCGAGAGCCAGAGGGAAAUAUAUCGAAGCUGUGUGCUUCUAUACGCCGCGGAUUGGCAGAGUCGCGGCCCCGACACAACGAGCCAAGACAGAGAGGGAGAGAGAGCCUUUUACUGCUCUCAGCUUUCUGCUAUUCUCGGAGAAAACACUUAAAAUUCGACGGUCGGCUGGCCGAGAGAGAGAGAGAGAGAGAGAGAGAGAGAGAGAGAGCUUUUCUCGUCGCUCCUGCUAAUAAAGUGUGCGUGUACGCGAGAGAGAGAAAGAGAGAGCUGCUGCUACUGCUGAAAGUCACAUGUACCAUUAAGCUAUAUCAUACCUAGACGAAGGGGCGCUGCAACAACUGCGCUCACACGCAUGAUAAAGAGAAAAAGAAAAAAAACACAACAACGGAGCUAUAAAAUACGGUGCGUUGAGUGAGAGCGACGACGACAACUGCACGGUAUAAACUUUGAAAACAGCAGCACUGGCAACUGGCAACUUUUAGCAACGGCAGCAGCAGCAGCAGCAGCCGCAGCACUGCCAGAUUAGAUAUUGCCUCGUGUGUAUCUCUCUUUAUUGUAUACGAAGAAUCAGAUUCAAUAACAGUGCAACAACGAUGUGCGGCCGAAAGUCUGCGGCAGCGGCGUGGCUUUUCUAGCGUCCCCUCGGUCACUUGUCUACGGACGCCCCAGCUUCUAGCCAGCUUUAACCACAAAAGACCGGAGCCGCGGAAGCGCCAUUCGCCGCAUGGGUGCCUGGGCUGACGAUCGCUUCGAGGAGGAGGUGGUGGAGGAGAAGAAGGCGCUGAAGACAGCACCAAAGAAAGGAGGCCCAAGCAGCUGCAGCAGCAGUAAAAAGGGCCCCAGGUUGUUUCCUCGUCGUGGCAGCAACAGCAAACGCAAGCACAGCGAUAAACAGCAGCAGCAGCCCAAGAGGAUACAGCAGCAAAGGCAGAAUCGGCACUCGAUACAUUGCUCGAUCACCCGUCGCGCCCUGCUACUGCUCAUACUGCUGCCCAUGCGACGCCAGCUCUACGAGUGGCCCUUCAAAUCAAGGACGAAAUCAAUAAGUGAAUUCAGUGCGGUCUAAAGUGCUAUACGGAAUAAAUUUAUCGAGUAAAGUAAAGGCUGUGCACAGUGCGUAACGAUAGUGCGAAUUCUACGCGACAAGACAAAAAAAAAUAAAUUCGCCGACUUUUCCCAAAUGGCCAGCUCCGAUUGGGUCAAGUUCAAAGGUGCAGGCAAUGGCGGCAGCGGCAGCGGCAUCAGCGGCAUCGUGCCCAUCGUCAGCUCGGACUCGCAGCUCGCCAGCGACGAGGACGAGCCCAGUAGUUCCGACGAGCUAGGUCUCGCCGUGAAAUCGGGCAACCUCCUCGUUGACAACGACAACGACGACGACGACGACGAGUCGGCCUCGUCGAGGCUGCUGCAGCCCUCGGUCGAGAUCGUUCAACCUUCGAGCAGAGACGCCGAGCGCGACUACCUCCAGCUGGUUAACGAGUCGCAGGAGUCGAGCACCGAAGAGAGCAAGAGCUCGGACAAGCUGGUGCUGAAGGGCAACGGUGCUAGUAAACCGAUAACGCCGAGUCCCGACGCCAGCAAGCCCCACGUACAAUUCAACGGAGCCACGCUCAAGCCCAAGAGCAAUGGCUACAACAACAGCAACGGCAACAAGGAGACCUCGAGGGGCCCGAGUCCCUCGAUCUCGUCGUCCUCGUCGAGCUCCGAGGACAACAGCAGCCUCGACGAGGCUCGUCCACCGGACGGCGGCUGGGGCUGGGUCGUCGUCGCGGCGGCCUUCAUGGUCAAUCUCAUCGCGGACGGCAUCACCUUCUCGUUCGGCGUCAUCUUUCACGAGUUCCUCAAGUACUUCGGCGAGAGCAAGGCGGCCACGUCGUGGGUCGGCUCGCUCUUCAUGGCGAUGCCGCUGCUCUCGGGCCCCAUAGCGAGCUUCCUGACCGAUCGCUACGGCUGCCGCAAGGUCACCAUCGCGGGCAGUAUCCUCGCCACCAUAGGCUUCGUCAUCAGCUACUUCGCCAACAGCAUGGGAGUGCUCAUUCUCACCUUCGGGGUGCUCGCGGGUUUCGGCCUGUCGCUGUGCUUCGUCGCCGCCGUCGUGAUCGUGGCCUACUACUUCGACAAGCGACGCUCGUUCGCCACCGGCCUGUCGGUAUGCGGCAGCGGCAUCGGCACCUUCAUCUUUCCCCCGCUCAUACAGAAGCUGCUGACGGAGUACGGCUGGCGAGGGGCCACCCUCAUACUCGCCGGCCUCUUUCUCAAUCUGGCCGUGUGCGGCUGCCUGAUGCGCGACCUCGAGUGGACCACGGUCAAGCUCAAGGAGAACGCCCUCGAGCGCAAGCGCAAGAGGGCCCGGAAGCGUCAGCGCGUGCAGAGCUCCUCCGCGGACUCGUUCUCGGGCAGCAGCUCGGCCAACACGACCCAGACCGGGGCCAGGAACAACAACGCGAGCGACCUGGCCGGAGGAGAGGCGAUACCCCAUGACCUGGUCGAUCCCACGGAAAACAAACUCUUCUCCAGCCUCGUUAGCCUGCCGACCUUCGUGCGAAACGGCGAGAAGGUGCCGCUCGAGGUGCUCGAAUUGCUCAGCAAUCGCAAGAACGUCUACAACGUGCUGGUGCAGAACUACCCGAGUCUGCUGAUCACCUCGAGGAGUUUCAGCGACUCGGGUGGUCUGUACGAUCAGGUGGCCGUCGACAAGAACUUCGUGCCGAGCCUCAGUCCGUUGACCGCGCCCGGCAAUACCAUCGCCGAGGAGGACGCUCGACACGAAGUCUUUGACGAAAAUGCUCAGGGUGAUCAAAACCAACUGGAGAGCCCACGCAGAGUCCAUCACCAUCACCAUCAUCAGCAUCACAACGACAAGGAAAUCGCGGCGGCGGCAGCGGGAGGAGAGCCCGGCACCGAGGGCCACAACUGGUGGCUGCGCAAGUUCAGCCCGGACGCGCAGCUGCGCCACUCGAUCGCGGGCUGCGAGCAGCCCCGUCGUCUGCCCACGGCCUACCUCAAGGACAUCCGCGUGCACCGGCACAGUCUCACGUAUCGCGGCGCCAUGCUCAACAUCAAUCGCUACAGGCUGAGGGCGAGCAGCUGCCCGGACAUCUAUCGCAACUCCAUGACGACCAUAGCCAAGCAAAAGAUGGUCUGGUACUCGGGCCUGUGGGAGUUCUGGGAUCUGCUGUGCGACAUGCUGGACUUCUCGCACUUCGCCGACUCGCGCUUCCUGCUGUUCGCCAUCAGCAACUUCUUGCUGCACACCUGGUACGACGUGCCUUACAUGUACCUCAUCGACAACGCCGUGGAGACGGGCUUCGACGAGCGCAAGGCCUCCCUGCUCAUAUCCGUCAUCGGUAUCAUGAACAUGGCCGGCGAGAUCAUACUCGGCUGGGCGGGCGACUGCUCCUGGCUCAACGCCUCGGUCGUCUACGCCUGCUGCAUGGCGCUGUGCGGCGCCUUCACGGCCCUCGUGCCCCUGGUCAGCCACAGCUACGUGCUGCUGAGCGGAGCAGCGGGUGCCUUCGGCUUCUUCAUCGCCGCCAACUACAGCCUCACCAGCAUCAUCCUCGUCGAGGCCAUCACCCUCGAGCGAUUCACCAAUGCCUACGGACUGCUGCUGCUCGUUCAAGGAAUUGCAAAUCUCAUGGGACCGCCGCUCGGAGGCUGGCUGUACGACAUAACGGGCACGUACGAUCUGUCGUUUUAUUUGUCCGGCUUAUUCAUCGCGCUGAGCGGUAUUAUGCUGCUGGUCAUGCCCCUCAUGGAUUGCUACAGGCGCUGCAAAAAGUCCAUCGUCGAGCGUCGCAAGCGCAACGAGUUCAGCAGCGUAUAAUAUAAUAAAAUGCAUAAAUAUUAUUAUGCAUUCACUAUACGAGCGACGACCAGAUCAGCUAUCGACGACGACGACGACAACGUCGAGCAGCAGCAGCAGUAACAACAGAGCAGCAGCACAGCUCAACGGAAUUGCCAAUUUAAUCUUAUCGAUGGCCCAACGAAAUAUCGCAAAUUGCGCGCAUAAUAAUGUUUGCGCGUUCCAGAGUCACUUGUAUACCCAUGUAUUAUCACGCACGUGUACAAUUAGCCUGCGCAUGUAACUCUCUAUUCUCAUUUUGCAUCGGUGCAGGUACUCUUGUACAUACUUUACACAUACACACACAUCCACAAACGCUAAAUUGAAGCCUCAUUUAUUUUUUCACGUUGUAAUCAUUUUUGCCCAUUACACAUUUCUGAGUGUAAAUAAUUAAACUAGCCGCGUGUUGUAUGACCAAUGUGUGUGACACAUUAUGCUUUUCUUGCGCAGGUUCGCUUCUUUUUCAUGUAUCAUUUCAAUGUUUUUAUUCGUCUCUUCGUUUAUUUCUUACGUUACUUGAAUUUAUUUUUAUAAUUCACAGUCGUCAACUGUGUAUUUUAAACAUUUUUUUACCUAAGAUUUGGCAUAGCAUUCAAUGCCACAAACGAUCAAUGAACCUGGAGGUGAUUCAUUUUCAUUUUUUUUCUUUUUCAUCGUGAAAAAUUUUUAUUUAAUCGAGAUUUGAUGAGUAAGUUAAUAUCACUAAGAUUGUAAAUCAUUUAAAAUUAUCCAUCGCUCUAAUCUCCAUGAAAAAAUACAUCGUAGCCUUUCGGUUGUGUCUGUGGACCACCGACCAGUAUAAUAUAAUUUAUACUAGAUUAGAUUAAUUGAAAUUAUCGAUAAUUAAAAGUCAGAAUAUAAGAUUUUCUUCCUCAAAGUAUAAAAAUACUUUAUAUGAAUAUUAAUACAAAUAACUAAUGGAUAAAAUGAAUCCAAAUUACUUGCCAAUUCGAUGAAUAUACUUAUACAAUUCUUGUAUAUUAUGAAGCUGAAUUGAGUUUUAAUCUAAGUAUCUUAUAAAUUAUGAUAUAAUUUAAAUUUGAUUAUAAAAUAUUGUUUUUUGUUUGUUAAUGGCUAGCCAUGAACAAUUUGUCAUUUUGACGUUUUUUUCUCUCAUCUUCUCCGUAUUCACUGCGUUUUCGUUCUGUCUCCUUUGUGUGAUUUCAUUAGUUGCUAAAACAAAAAUUCAUUUUACUAGUGAUACGAUAGAUUUCAUUCUUGUGAUUCAAUAAAUAAAAAAUAUGAAUGUCAUGCGAUAUUAAAAAAAAAACAUGUGAUUUUGAUAGAUUUACCUUUACUUGUAAACGUAGAAAUUAAGGAAUCAAUUUUUCUAAUUGCUAUACCAUCGUGACCGCGAAUUGAGCUUGACACCUCGAAUCGCUUCAACUAUUGCCAGAUUAUAAUAAUUACAAAUAAAUAGUCGUACCUCGUGAGGUAUAAAAAUAUAGCGUAUGAAAUACUUUUUGUACUUUAGACGAUAGGAAUACCUAUACUCGUAUCAUGUACGUUUUUCCGUUUGCGUAUUUUUCUUUUAUAAAGAUAAUCUUCGAAAAUCAUAAUGAUCUGUACGUUCCUAUAAUGAUGAUGAUGAUGAUGACGACGACGAUGAUGAUGUUAAAACGCGAGUUGAUUCUUCUAGUGAUGUUAAAGCGUCGUUAUAAAAAAUUUAUUCUACGUUUUUCUCGACAUCCACGUUGUCGAAGAUUGAAUUAUGUGGUAAUAUCGAAAAAUAUUACAAAAAUGCAUAUGCAUAAAAAAAAAUAACUAUAUGUAAUAGAAUAUUAUAUAGACCAAUAAUAUUAUUUUGCAUAAUUACGCGUAUCGACUAUAUUGUGAUUAUGAAGCCGAUAAUGAUAUAAAUGAUGAUGCUGCGAUGAAGAAAUCAUACAGUUAUUUUUUUACAUAACUCUCUGCCGAGUAUUUUUUAUGGAUUGCGAGUGUGGCUUAUGUACACACAUACACACAAAGGUGUGUACAGCGGAAAAAGCUGUUGUAAAAAUGCACGUGCGAGUGAGACAUGUAUGAUUACUAAUAUAGAAUCGAGGUUCCAACAGGAGAUGGCUCUGUUUGAGUGUUUUUGCGGAUGCUUUGCGGGAGAUAAGUGGUAGAGCCGUUUCCUGUUCGACCUUCGAUUAUUAUUUACACUAUAUGGCUGCAGCAGCGGCUACAAUGAGAAAAGCUCUAAAGUCUAGAAUCUGCUGUAUGUGAGAAAUAACUAGAGAAAGAUGCUAUAUUAUGCGAGCUUUACGAGUCGCUUGAGUGUGAGAGUGAGAGUGAAUCGUGAAACUACCGAAGACUAGUCAAUAAUGCAAAUGAUGUUUUAAUGGCGUUAAGAUUUUCUGUCAUUGUUGUCCUACUGUCGUGAUUAUUAGCUUGUGUUUUUUGUCACUUUUUUUGUUUAUUUACUUUUAAAAUAUUCUCUCUUCUAUCGGCGAGAUAGAUUGAGAGAUCCGAUAAAUGCGUUAUUGCUUAUGCUUGUGUCUCGUUUAUUUUUACCCAAAUAUACAAUUUUGAUUAUCUGAACUAUAUUGGUCUGGAUCGUACAAUGGUUAAUUAUUUUAAAUAGGCGCUUUGGGCGAGACUUUGGUGAACUUUCUUAUUACACUUCGUGUAACCAAAAACAGCAACGAGAAUUAGCAGCAUUUUAUUGAAAUUUUUUUAGCCAAAAAUUAUGUCAAUUCAAGCAAGUUUUUUCAUUCCUUCAUUGUAUUUUCUAUUUAAAUCUUAAAAUGUAACUAACGUCAUUGAUCAUUACGGUUUUUAAUAAUAAUUUCAAAGUUUUUGAAUCAAUAAAAUCUUGAACAUUUUUCAACUUCUAUUUGUUGUUGUAGACAACAUUAAAAAUUAUACAAUUAAUCGUUUCCGAAGUGUGCUUUAUGAAUUCAAUAAUAAACAAUAUUAAAUAAGAUACUUACACAAAACUUACGAAGCAAUAUUUUACUAUACGUAUGAUACAAAUUAUCAACGUACGAAGUUCACAUUAUUUCAAAUAGAUUAAUGAAGAUUCCAGAAAAUCAAUCGAUUACAUUAUCGAGAGCUUUUUCUGGCUUAUCCAGCUCAUUAAACUUGUGGAAUACCAACUAAUUAAUUGAUGAUCCAUAUGCCGAAUGAUUUUGCCGUGCGCACGAUUGAGGACACUAUAAAAUAUCAACUGUAAAGCACAGAUAAACCGUGAAUGUUUGUUUCAUUGAAGUAUAAAAGAAAAGUAUAUUUGAGUAAGCGAGAGAAAUAAUUUUUUAUCACCGAAAUUUUUUCUAGUUAAUGCAUACUUGCAAAUUAUUCAAAUGGAAAAAUUUAUGAAAAUGAUCCAUUUUUCUGACUCUGAGUAUGAAACUCUUUCCAAAAACCAAUUAACUUAAAUAUGUUUUGAAAAUCUCGUUUAGCCAGUAAAUAGUUUUUUCGCAUAGCUUUAUAUUCAUGGGUCAUAUGUUCUGUUGAAAGUUACAUAAUGAACUAUUGACACAAAUCAUCUGUCAAUAAUUUCGACUCGAUGAAUACUAUCCCAGAAAAAUAAAUAACUUUGAAAACGAA